UUGUGAUGUACUUCCGGUGUGAAAGGUCACAUCAAAAUGGCGCCGUCCGAGAAGAAACAUGCCAGCAGCCAGCCUUGUAUUAUUCCAGGAGGCUACACAGAGCUGACUUUACAGUUUAGAUCCGACAGCGCCGCUCAGCACAAGCUGUACCUGAAGGAGCACAAAGUGCGAGCGGAGAAGAGCUCCCACAGACCGCUGGACCGGACCUUGUUUGUGCUCAACGUGCCCCCGUACUGCUCGGAGGGUGUCGUCAAGGAGCUGUUCUCUCAGUUUGGCUGCGUUCAGUCCGUGGAGCUGAGGGACCACCCGGGCUUCUCCCAGGAGUCUGGACCCGCGCUGUCCCGGCUCUUCAAGCCCGUGAAGAAACAGGGCUUCAAAGUGGGCUACGUGGUGUUCCAGACCGCCUCCAGUGUAUCUGCAGCCAAAUCCCACCCGCGUGACGAGCCUCUGGUGGUCUGCACAGAGGAGCGUCAAGUGAAGACCGGCUCGCAGAAAUGGAUUGAGCAGUACACCAAGUCCUUUAGUCCGCCGGACAAACUGCAGGAGAUCGUGGACUCCUUCAUGGCAGGCUACGACAAGCGGAUAGAGGAGGAAGCGGACAAGCAGCGGGAGGAGGCCAAGCAGCAGCAGGACGACGAAGAGGGCUGGGUGAAAGUCACAAGGGGACCCAAGGGUGCCAAGGGCCGCCCCCACAGCGAGGCGGCCAACAAGAGGACUCUGCAGAAAGAGAUACGGAAGAGGAAGAGGAAGGAGCUCAUGAACUUCUACACCUGGCAGCACAGGAACACACAGAAAGAACAUAUUGCUGACCUAAGGAAAAAGUUUGAGGAGGAUAAACAGAAAAUAGCGCUGCUGAGGGCCCAGAGAAAGUUCAGACCUUACUGAGGCAACUACUCUGACUUUACAUUCCUCAUUUCAAUGCUCGUGUGUGCUACAUUAUAAAAUCCUGAGCUGUCAAUAAACUAUUAUUCUGACA